AUGGUGCUGCAAUCUGGAAAGGUCGCCUUCGUAACUGGUGCCAAUGGCAUCAGUGGUCAUGCUAUUAUUGAGCAAUUGGUAAAGAAGGACAAGACCGAGUGGAGCAAGAUCAUCGUGACAUCCAGACGACCACUGCCAGUCACCUGGACCGACCACAGAGUCGAGUUUGUCGCCAUUGACUUCCUCCAUCCUGUCGAAAAGAUCGUAGGCAUCUUGAACAAAUUCUGCACCGAGGUCACGCACGCGUUCUUCACCUCGUACGUGCACACCGACGACUUCAAAGUCCUGAAGGAGAAGAACAUCCCACUGUUCAGAAACUUUAUGGAUGCCGUUGACACAGCUUGUCCGAUGUUGCAGCGUGUUUCGUUGCAGACAGGUGGAAAGUACUAUGGCGUCCACCUCGGCCCCAUCCGCAUCCCCCUCGAGGAAUGGUUCCCCCGCUACGAUGAUCAAGGCUACAACUUCUACUACGACCAAGAAGACUACAUCCGUGAAGUGCAAAAGCGCCGCAACACCUGGUCGCACAACAUCAUCCGCCCCAACGCCAUCAAUGGCUUUGCACCACACGCAAACGGCAUGUCUGAGGCCCUGACCCUCGCAAUCUACUUCCUUAUCUGCCGCGAACUCAACCAACCCGCCCGGUUUCCCGGAAACGAGUACUUCUGGAACUCAAUCGACGACAACUCGUACGCGCCUAGUCUGGCUGACCUAACCAUCUAUGCGGCAACCCAGGAGCACUGCAAGGAUGAAGUCUUUAACCACUGCAACGGUGAUGUUUUCGUCUGGAAAUAUCUCUGGAAAGACGCUGCCAGAUAUUUCGGCCUUGAAGCCCCUGAACCUAUGUUUGAAAAAGCAGCUGGUCAGGCAGACACUCUAGCCAACGAAAUCGACAUGGUCGAGUGGGCCAAGGACAAGCGUCCUGUCUGGGAGGCUGUUGUCAAGAAGUACGGAGGUAAGCCUGAGGCUUUUGACUACGGCACUUGGGGGUUCUUUAAUUGGGCGACUGGAAAGUCGUGGUGCACGAUUUCGUCAGUCACCAAGGCGAGGAAGUACGGUUGGCAGAGAACGGACAACACGUUUGAGACAUGGAUUGAGACGUUCCGGUCUUAUGAAAAUGCGGGGCUGCUUCCUACCAGGGCUUCGCUUUUGAUGAAUGAGAUUAGCUAA